AUGCUUUCUUCUGGCGACGCUUACAAAUUUUUGAGGCAUGGCUCGUUGGAGGUCCCGCGGAAGUUCCGCAAUGUGGAACGCUUCUUGGUGGAUCGGGACAUUUCCAAGGCUGCCAAGCCUUUGCGAUUGCUCGGCCUGGACGUCUCAGUUGAAAGCCCGGAGGAACGUGAAGAACGACCAGAGGCAGCCCUUGGUUUGCGGAUCGCCCGCGUCCCGGUGGUCACUCGUGCUGCCCGCGAAGCGCGAGUCUUGGUGUCGGCCUCCAAGAGGCUAGUGAAUCGUGCCGAUGCCGCCUUGGCGUACUUUAUUGAUGCCAGAGAGUUUGAACUGUCCCUUGCGAAGCUUUGCAUUGAUCUGGCUGUCGACCUGGGCCCAGAGCGCUUCUUCACUCGCUGUGUGAAGUGCAAUGGCCUGGUGCUCCCCUUGGCGAGUAACGAGAAGGAGCAAGAUCGCGCAACGGCCUUCGGAGCACCGGCGAAUGGAAUUCCUCUCUUCACUUGUACUCUUUGUGGGCAGAUUUACUGGUUCUCCCAUGACCUGGGUAGUGCAUCUGCACGAGCUCGGCUGCAGGUGGAGAAUCUGGUGAACCUCGUCGAAGAGUUGAAGCGGGCGACGCCCAGCGACGCCGCCGAACUCGGCGAAGGUGUGCCAACUGAAUCUCGCCCCGACAAGGCCGAGGCCUUCUCCUCUGCGCGGUUCCUGCGUGAUGGCGGUGGGCGUCUUGAACAUCCCUGGAGCCUUCGCUCUGCCUUUGAAGAUGUAGAAGAAGAUGGUGCUGUCAGCAAUUCAAAGUAUGGUUUUCAUGGCUGCAUCGACUACAUUUGGUUGAGUCCAGAAUUCCGUCCUUCACGACGGCUUCGACUGCCAAAGGUGGCAGACUUCGAGAAGGAGCCAGGGAAGCCGUUGCCAUCUAUGGUCUCUUCUACUUGGCCUUCAGAUCACUGGCCUCUCGCCGUGGAUCUCGUUCUCUCGUGA